AUGAGAUUCACUUCGACUUAUCUUUCGGUAGUUUUGGCAGUGCUAUUUGUGGUUGGCAUAGUAAGCUCGCAACUUGUUGAUACAAGUUCCGAUUUCGUCUGCGACCCAAAUAAUCAAAGCGAUUGCUAUCUUAAGGUAUUUGAGCCUACUAACGAAUGGCAGGUCAUAAAAGCUGGCCAAGAUAUUCCUCCUGGACUACACGUAAGAUUGAAUCUUGAGACUUUGCAAAAGGAGGCUAAACUAAUGGAUCCUUCAGAACAAAAUGAUGAGGUUAAUAACCAAGUAAUAUUAGGAGAGCAGAAAGCAGAUAAUGAGAAACAUGAGCAAGGCAUAAAAGAGGAUCAAUUAUCUGCUAUAAAGAGCAAAAUAAAGUCUUCACCACCCAAGAAGUCGAAAGCUGAUCAAGGAGAGAUUGACAAUUUUGAUGCUGCUGUGAAUGAGAUCAAGACACACGACGGUGAUAAAACCAAAUUAGACCAAGCCUUAGAAACCUUAAUAGAUUUAAGUCAUGAUAUGGAAUUCGGAUUGAAGCUAUCUCUGGACACGCAAGCAUUUGAUGCGCUUGAAGUCUUAAUUAGUAAAGGGUAUGAUGAUUAUAUACGUGAGAAAGCGUACAGGAUAAUGGCAUCGGCGUUGAGAAACAAUCCUUCUGCAAUCCGAAACGUACUAGAAAAUCAAUCAUUAGACUUCCUUCAUAAUAUAUACGGUGCCUUAGAGAGUGAGGAAUCAGACACGAUACAAAAGCGUAUAUUGGGCGUCCUUCAAGCUCUUGCUCAAAAUCACAAUUUUAAUAUGGAAUAUUUUAAAGGAGGAAAGUCCUCAUCUGAUACGGAAUUAGGUAUUAAUGGCCUAAUCAAAUCAUAUCCAAACUUAGGACCUGAAUCAAAGAUUAGAUUUAUGAACAUAUUGAAAGAUUUGAACUUGCAUGGUGAAAAAGAAAAGAGAUCUGAAGAAGCUUCUGAAGAUCCGGAUCAUGCCUAUUCAGAGUUCUUACAGAAAUCUCUAGUUGGCGGUGAGACUUCAUCCCAUGACCAGUUUAAAUUGUUUUUCAACAAACUAAGUGAGACACAUCUGGAAAAUAAAUCUCUUAAACCUUCGAAAGAGUUUACGCAGUGGUUGGCCGCAAAAGUUCAAGAGAUUUCGGAUCGUAACGAACGUAGAGACGACACUUCAGAAGAUAAGGACUUCGAGAGAGAGAUGUUGAAAGCAAGGCACUUAGUAUUUGGAAACCCCAAUGCCCUUAGAAAAGCGAUGCCUGACGAUGAGUUAUAG